GGGCUGCUCUUUAGCUAUUUGGCAUUGCUCCUCCUUUCUCCUCUCAAGCUAGUCUGAGGUUGCAGGGCUGGUUUAAUAUUAUGUGUUUCUGGAGAAGUGGUGCCUGAAGCCCGGACAAAUUUGGGAGAGGGGAGGGGGGAGUAGCGAAGGCAGGCAGGAAAGUAAAGUGGGAUAAAGCUCUCGAAGGAGCUGGGGCCUUCCUCCUGCACUCGGAAGAGGGAGGGUUCACACGGCACAUGGGAAGCGGUUUGGCAUCCUGGAGGAGGCGGGCAGAAAGUGGUGCCCGCCGUCUCGUUGCAGAUUUUCCUGCCUGAAGUUCCUCUUUCAGCCGGGCUGCCGGGCUUGCGAGGCACCGUGUCAUCGUGCCCAGUUGGGGCGAGAGGGAGGAAAAUCCCUGCGAGCCAAAUUUGGCACUGGAGGAGAAGGAGGAGGAGGAGACGGAGACGGAGGCGGCGGUGGAGGGAGAAAAGCGACGAGAAGCAAUGCUAUGACUUGCGUCGCCUGCUGAAAGCGACCGAGCCAGCCCUGCCCGCCCGGCCGGCCCAGACGCUACAACUCCGGGCUGAGCCGCCCGCCGCAGUUCGCCGUGUGAAGCCGGGGUGUCUGCCUGCCUUGCCUGCCUGCCUGCCUUGGGGUGCUGCUGCUGGUGGUUUUUGUUUAAACAUGACGAUCGGCUGGGCACCAUCAUGGCCAAUGGGACGGGGACGGCGGUCAUGCUGAAGUGCGUGGUGGUCGGCGACGGAGCGGUGGGCAAAACUUGCUUGCUGAUGAGCUAUGCCAACGACGCUUUCCCCGAGGAAUACGUGCCCACCGUCUUCGACCAUUACGCAGUCAGUGUGACUGUCGGAGGCAAGCAAUAUCUCCUUGGACUAUAUGACACUGCGGGACAGGAAGAUUAUGAUCGCCUGAGACCAUUAUCGUACCCCAUGACUGACGUCUUCCUCAUCUGCUUCUCUGUGGUGAAUCCAGCUUCCUUUCAGAAUGUCAAGGAGGAAUGGGUACCAGAGCUGAAAGAAUAUGCACCAAAUGUACCCUUUUUGUUAGUUGGAACCCAGAUUGAUCUUCGGGAUGAUCCCAAAACUUUAGCAAGGCUAAAUGACAUGAAAGAGAAGCCAAUCUCUAUGGAGCAGGGACAGAAGCUAGCAAAAGAGAUAGGCGCCUGCUGCUACGUGGAGUGCUCCGCUUUAACGCAGAAGGGACUGAAGACAGUUUUUGAUGAAGCUAUUAUAGCCAUUUUAACUCCAAAGAAACACACCGUGAAGAAAAGAAUAGGGUCAAGAUGCAUUAAUUGCUGCCUGAUCACGUGAGACCCACUGGGACUGUGGCCACACCUACUGUGAAAAUUUCUGACACCGUGCAUAUAUACACUUAAACAAAUACCCCGUUAACAGACCAUAGAUCAAUCUGGAAGCAUUUGGUGAAGUCCAGAGGAAAAGGUGGUGGUGGUGGUGGGGGGGGAGUCCCAGUUCUGUGAAGGAGCAGGCACCAUCUGUUACAAAUACUUUAUUCGGACUGGAAGGAAAGUACAACCUCUCAGGGGUAACAUAAUUUAGGACAAACGACAGAUGCAUCAUCACGUUGCUGCUGCAUGCAAAUCACGCUGCGAGAGGAGGGUGAGGGGAAGCCUGAUGAUGCUUUGAAGAUGCUUGGCUCGCCCUCUGCGCCAACCAUAUAAAAGUCUCAGCACAGUCUUGAUGGAAUCGGCACAACAGCAGCAAUCAGCCGCUUACUCUCUUUGCGCCAGCUAUCUGCUUUUGUAUGUCAGCUGCUUCCUGUUCCAGUAUAUCCACAAAGGUGCAAGGAGGAGACCGGCCACGUAGCCAAAGGUGGCUCCAAGCGAACAGGAAAUGGGCCACACCUGAAGGAAGAGAACGCUGCGUUAGAUGGCAAGAUGGAGGGGUGGGGGGAAGGAAGCGUUGGCCCCUUUUAUGUACUUGAUGAGCACAAGUUCUCCGUGUUAAUCUGCAGAAGAAGCCAAAAUGUGAUACAGGAUCCAUUGCAGAGCUUGACGUGCUUUCUCGGAGAAUGCCAAAAGUGUUAACGGCCAUCAUGCAUUUAUUACAAACACUAAAUGUUGUACAGUUUUUAAUUAACAUUCAUUAAAUUGUAACUAGGCUCCUGGCUGUUGCACAAGGCGCUUGGUAAUUCCCCAAACCAGGUAAGCCGCUUGUGGAGUGUUAAUCCCUGUUUGGGGGCCAGAGCUGUUGGGAGUGCUCCCAUGGACUUUGCUGUUUUUCAAUUAGAUUUGAGAGUGGCUGGCCCAAACCGUCUGUAUUAUUCCCCCCUGCCCUAUGGCGUUCACCUCUGAGUAGCUGUGACAAAUGUUCGCUAGGGAAGCACAAUUCAGAGAAGCACACCAAGGGAGGCCACAGGUGACAAAGGAGGGCAAGUUUUAGCUGAUGGCAACUUGCCACUCGGACUGAAAGCUUGCUCACCUCUCACGGGGUAGUAUGCAGCACAUUGCCUCAGCUGGCAGCAGCAAGGCAGCUGCCUGCACGACUUUCCUCUGCUGUCCAAGAGUCGCACUGUUCGGGCAGGGUCUCUUGGGUUUUCUACACGCACCCCCAGGGUGCAUCAGAAUGCCCCAUUCACAGUGCUCAGAAUCUCGGUUUCCCUUCCCUUGGGGCCCAAAGGAUGAAAUUAGGCAGAUGGGAAAGCAAGGUGACUGGAAGCAUGACCUGCCUCCCGUUGCUUGAAUUCAGUUCUUGAAAAUAGAUCAUCGCUGUUUGUGCUGCAGCAGAUCGAGUCCAUCCCAUCCCAGUAUUCUGGCUAACACGCUGCACAGUAUCCCACAGGCAUUGUGGGCACCAUGGGAACGACUGCGUGCUCAUAACACUGCAUUGACACAGUUGCAAAGGCCUGGAAUUGCUCAAACUCAGUUGCACAAUGGAUGGCCAUCGUGUGCCAACACAGUUUUAUGAGCAUGCAGCAAUUCCUGAGCUCUCACAAUGUCUGCAGGAUGCUGCGCAGCAUGUCGGCUCUGACUCCUAACAAUGGCCACCCAGAUGCCCAAAGCAGUUUAUGUAGAUAUAAAUAAAUUGGCUCCGUGACACAAUCUAAAAAAGAAACAUAAGAUAGACACCAGCAAGAGACACUAGAUGGAUACCGUGCUGGGGAUGGAUUUUUGGAAAGGUUUGCGAACCUCCACCUGGGUCGUUGCCACGCCAACUUCAGCCCUUGGUUACUACAAACCUUUGGUUGAAGUGGGUUCAAAUUUGGUUUGGUAAAGGGCCACUGGAGGUUUGCAAGAAUUCCCGGGUCUCACAACACACCUGAUGGGAGGGAUAGCUGGUUCCCGGCUAACGAACGUUGCGGUCUUUGUGUGACUCCACCCUGCAAAUGCUUCUCCUCUGUUGUGCAGUGCAGUGAUGUCAUAUCAGCACAUGGAGGGCAGGGUUAUGCUGGCAUAGUGUAGCUCCCCAGCUAGGGAGCUCAAACUGGGGCCAAUGUUCCACAUGGGAAAAGCCACAAAUGGUUUCUGUAGCUUGUAAGUGAGUUCGGAGCAUACUUAGUGAUUUAAAUAAAAGUGCUUUAGUUCAUCCAUGCAAAUCUGAAGUUUCAUUGACUGAUAUCCUGACUAAAUUGAACUACAGUAGGACUUGAUGGACGUCCUAUUGAAACUAGUUAGAAUAACUCUUAAGUAGUACUAUUGAGAAAUUUAGUCUGGAUGUCAGCCAUAGAUUUAAGGUUUACAGUGAUCCAUAAAGGCAAUAGUAAAUCUAAAAUCUGGACAAACACAAAAUCGGUGGAACUCCAAUUCUGACUUCAGGAUUAAAUCAAAAGAUGUAAAUAUUUGCACAAGCUGGAUAAGUAAAAUUUAAGACACAUUAAUAAUGGAAACCCAGUUCUUGUUUAUAUCAGCUUUGUUUCAUUUGUAUCUCCUAGCAUCGUGGCUCUUGACUUGUGAAUGCCAACCGGUGGCACGCUGCUUCGCUGUACUUCCUAGCAGCUCUCCACAAUCCUGAGAAUGAGGCACUUUCUACUUCCAAACUUUAUACUUAAGUUGUUGAAUUCUGCGUCAAGUAGCAAAUUCUGUGCUAGCACACUGCUCCUGCAAAAGCGCAGAAUGCAGAUAACGCUGGGCACAUUCUAGUCUAGAAUACUCUGUGGCAAUCUUCCAGCUGUGCCAUUAUUCACCGCUGUCUGUUACCGCGUCAGGGUUACCGAAUGCACUUACGGCAAACAGAUGCCAAAUGCUGACACUGUGCAGUAGCGAGACAACAGGCCAUUGUUGCUUCAGGAUUUUGGAGCCCUAUGCAGACGUCCUCAACUACCAUACCAUCUUGCGAGACCUGCUAUUUAUGUGUUGGAGUAAUGUUUGAAUAGGGACUAUGCAUGUGGAGCCCAAUGUGCAGGUCCCAUCCAUACCACUGUUGCCUCUCUAAUUGGGGGUGGAAGGAAAAAGACUGCGCACACAGACCUUGAUUAGAAUGUAACAUCCAGUUCACAGCUGCCACAUCUGGCUCAGAUGGGCAUGGGGCAUGCCAGGAGUGUGGGGGCAGGGCAAUGUAAUUUCCGCCAUGUGUAGAUUAGAAAACAUCUCCAGUUAUAAGAACCACUACUCUGAAGGGCCAAACUAGAUGUAACAUUAAACAUGCCAAUUUAUUAUUAAUUAUUAUUAUUAUUAUUAAUAACAAUUUGAUUUCUAUACUGCCCUUCCAAAAAUGGCUCAGGGUGGUUUACACAGAGAAAUAAUAAAUAAAUUAGUCUGGGGUUUGUUCUUACUUUAAAAUAGUAGCUGUGUGGAGUUUGGGCCUGGCCCGUGGCAUGGAGUUGGGGUACUUACUUCACCCUUCCACAUCUAUUUUCCUGAAAAAUCUGCCCCCUGCCAAGCUGCUAUGAACCCCAAUGGUGCCAUUUAAUGCAAGGACACCACUUGGGAGAGAUUGUUUAGCAGGUAAGCAAUAUGGAGAUAGAGGGCAGGGUCACACAAUCCACCAGAAGUGGGGAAAUAGCAACUAGCAGCGUGUGCUCCUUGCCCACACCCAAUUCCCCUGUCUUCCCAACAUUCUCCUGACUUCCAUAAUUAAAGUAUGGAAGUCAAGCAGAGGACUCAGGAACCAGACUUAGUUGAGUUCAGAAGUCACACCCACCAGCAGCAUGUGCUGCUGGUUCCUGAUAUCACCCCAACCUCCCUACUUGUGGCAGAUCGUGUGAAUCCACCCUAAAGGGAUCAACACCCCCUCUACCACUAUGCUAGUGUCCCGAUUCAGAUUUGGCUCCUGCGUGGAUAUUUUAAAGUAAAAAAACUGAACUCCAAAUUAGACAGCGCGUCUAGCUCGGCCCAAAUGUCACAGGAUAGAGGAUUUUCUUGGCACCAGCGAUUCGUUCCAGUAUUGGCUUGAAUAUUCGGGCAAAACCCAAGAUUGGUUUCCUACAUUUGAAUGUAAACAGAAAUGGCCCAACCUUAGUUCUGAAACACAUUGGCCUGGAUAAUCACAACAUAAAAAGCCAAGUUUUAAUUUAAAGCUGCAGCCUGUCUGGGGGUUAAGGAGGGGAAUGCACUGAGCUGCAGCUUAGCUCUGCUCUUUGGUGGACUGUGGACCAUCCUCACUGUGCCUUCUGCUGUUCUGAGACAACACAUCUACGCUAUAUUUUGUUAAUCUUUAUCAUAGGCACAAUUUGGUUUGGUCCCGCCCCACUGCACCGCCCUUGCUUUCUCCCCUUAUCUCCUGGACAAGUAACCAAGGCAUUGUGAGAAAAUGGUCUCGCAUUCUUUUACUUUCUGUUUCAAGCUUACAAUUCCCCAGCUGCAUAUGUUUAAAAAGGGCCAACCUAAACAGGAUGUGGGAGAACUGUGAUCAACCCGCCAAAUGUCGUGCUUUCCCUAAAAGUACUGGGGAGGGGGGAUUUGUAUUUCCCCCUCAGUAGGUGACAUCCCAUGCAGCAGUACACCUGCAGUAGGGACCCGCUGGGACUGUGGUGCAACAUGAAAGGCAGCCCCGAUGGUGUUGUGCAACAACUUCAACAGCAUCCAGGCACUUGCGCAGCGCAGUUCCCAUGAGAAAGAAGGGAAUGGUGUGCAGCUGCCUUGAUGCUCUUUGAAGUUGUUGUGCAACGCCAUCGGGGCUGCCUUUCACAUUGCGCACCAGUCCUGGUGGGUCCCUACCACUGGCAGACCGCUGUGUGGAAUGUUGGCCAGUGGCUCUUGGAAGCUUCAAGGGGCUUCUUUUAGCACUGAUUUCAGUAUGUUUGUGGGGUGGGAGGAUAACCCCUCUCCCUGUGGUUGGUUUUAGGAAAUGGAAAAGAUGCCAAGACAUUUAAUUGUGGUUCUCCCAUAUUAUGCCUGGUUUGGCUUUAGUAUCAGAGGUGAGAGGGCAGAAAAUGGGAGUUGGUUAAUUCUUUGUUUCUCCUUUAGUCACUGACCUUUUCAUCAUCCUUCAUAACACAUUAAGUCAGCUUUUCUUUUUGCUAUUUGGAAUUUACUAUGAUUUGGUCUUCCCAUACUUAAUCUUCACAUUCCUAAAAUGCGUGCAUUUAGUAUUCCAGAGUAUUCUUUGGAGGUCUUUAGGAGUGUAGCAAAGAUGAGAAUAAUUAUCUUUUCAUGAGGUGCCUUAGGGACUCUUUAUUGACCUUGCUUCAGGCUUCUAUUCAUGGCUUCAGAAUGGUCAUUGUUUCCCUCAAUUACUGUUACUUUCCAAACCAAAGAUUUGCUUGCUCCCAUUCGCUAAGAUAGCACUGCAUAUCUGCUGCAAAAUGUUGUGAGGCUUUUACAUAAAAGACAAUGUAUAUUCAAUGCUAGUCUGUUGUGCUCUGUGGCCUGACCAAGGCUGUACCUCCACUGGACAUCUUCAUUCAAAAUAAAAACUCAGUUUCAUAGUUGACCUGUCA